AUGUUUAGAAAAACAACCUGGAAGAACACUGUCAGCGAUGCAGUUAGUUGGCACCAGGACCAAGCCCUGAACACAACUAUAUUCAUACUGAAGGAAUAUGGUCCAAUCGGAUUCUUGCUCAAAGAGGAGGGGGAGUCCAACAACUUUAAAGUUUGCUUAGGAGAUCCACAUACUUGUACCUGUUCAACUUUUCUCAAAGACAGGGACCCCUGCAAACACAUAUGCUGGGUUUUAAUGAGGAAAUUCAGACUGCCAAGAGAACACGAAUACUGUUUUCAGCAAGGCCUUGUGGAGAGGCAGAUUGUGGAGGUGCUCCAUGGUUUACACAAGAGCAGAACCCCGCAGCAACCGGACUCGUUGGCCUCAGCUGAAGAGAAGCCGGAUCCGGACCAGGAAGAUGGGAGCAUACACCAGAAGGGGAUCCAAGCUCAGGAUGUGUGUCCCAUCUGUCAGGAGGAGCUACUGGAAAAGCUUCUACCUGUGUGUUUUUGCAGGUUUGGUUGUGGCAACAAUGUUCACAUCUCGUGUAUGAAAGUGUGGGCUGACCAUCAGCCCCCGUCGGAUCUGAAAGCCAUGGUGAAGUGCCCCCUAUGCAGAGAGGACUUUGGGCCUUUGAAACUCCUGCAGGAACAGGUGAAGAACUCUGCCAAGCUCCACACGCCUGCAGAGAGAGAGAAGCCGGACAAACACCUGGGUAUCCUCUGUAACAAUUGCAGAGUUUGUCCUAUUACAAGGAAGUGCUUCAAAUGCACUGUCUGCAGUUAUUACCAUCUCUGUGAGGAGUGCAUGAGGAGGAAUUGUCAUCCACAGCAUAUAUUUGCAAUGCGAAUGAAACGGACCCAGAAGUGGAGACCAGUGAAACAGCUGGUCUUUCACACAUUGGAGACAACUGAGCUGUCAGAGAAUGCCAGCUCGGUUCCAAUGGAGAGUGACCCAGUGCCAGAACAUGUGGUGAAGAGCCUUCCUGUGGUUCGUGUGAGGAUAGGCAGCCGACUAUUGGACCCUGGUCAGCAGUGCAGAAUGUGUCUCAGGAACUUUAACCUUGGUCAGAAUGUCAGAACUCUGCCCUGCCAUCACAAGUUUCAUAAAGAUUGCGUUGACGGAUUUCUACAGAGGUCCAACUUUUGCCCCCUGGACGGCUUUGUCAUCUUCAACCCGUUGCUGUGGUGCUGCAAAUGGGAUAAGAGCACAGGAAAGCUGGCCUCUGCCCUUACACAAACCCAGACCAAGCUCUCUGACAAGCAGGAGCAGCUGUUCGUCCCUGGAGUGUCCCUCCUUCAUAAGGCAGUCUCCAGACCUCUUCCCUCCCUGGGUGUAGCUACCUCUGAUGAACUCGCUGGUGCCCUCUUACCAGACCCAGUGAUCCACGGCUUACAGGGUCUUUGCAUCAACACGACGAGCAAAGAGAUGAUAGAUCACCAGAGAGACACGGAAGAGAAAAGAGUUCUUUCGAAAGCUCUUCUAAGUAGGAAAAGCUACUCGUCUGAACAACUCGGCUGCCCUUCUGACCAGCUUAGGAAAGAUCUAUUAGGGGUAAGACCAGGAACUAAAUCACGCCUGUAUAAAAUGAGAACAGGGCAACGUAGGACAGUCUCGUCAGACAGGUUGGCAGUCAACGGAGGGAGUGGAGGAAGCCUGCAGGGCCUGUUUGUAGGUUUAAGAAUGACUGAAGCAGAAAUGACCGAUGCCCCUCCUCAUAACGCUGCCAGCAUCCUGCGGAGAAACAGGACAGUGAAGAAGCUGAGAGCCAGACCCAGAUUCGACCCUGGGGACAGGCUAACUUCUGGGCUGAGAAUGGCUGGGGUGCUUAUAAGCACUCAACACCAGGGGAAAUCAGAAUGAGACCUGGCAGUCUUUAUGAAGAUGUGUCCUGCAACUGGAAUGUAAGAGUAAGAUUAAAAUGAUUAAUCACUCAACAAAGUAACAAGAGGAUUGUACUGUAUAUGACAGUUAAGAUUGGCAAC